AUAAAAGGCCCAAAUAUAAAUCCAAACAUAAAUAAAAGCCAAAGUCCGUUUCUAAUUUAAGGUUUUUUUGUUGCUGUAAGAGGCGCUAUGUGGCGUCAUUUCAUUGGGAAGAAAAGUGAUGAUGUGUGAUGGUGUUCGAUGGCUACGGCCGCUAUGGGAAAGACAUAGAACAGGAGCAUUUCGUUUUCACACUGAGAUCUCAACAAAAAGAGUGGAGAAAGAUUGAAGUCACCGGAGAUUCUUACACAGAUGUCCAAGGAGGAAUAUGCAUCGAUGGUGCUAUAUACAAUUUUCACUUUCACAAAAUUAAAUACUAAAUGCUACAAACAUUUGCUGCCUAUGAAAAAAAAAACAAAAAAAUACCACACAUAUAUAAAGCAAUGAAUUUACCUUUAAAUACAAGAGUACAAGAUGCACCAUUACACAUCUAGAAGACUAUAAUUACUUCUCUUUUACGUCUCUUCUCUUCCACUCUUGUUUUUUUGUUAUUUAAAUGUGAAAUUUAUUUGAAUGAGAAAGAACCAUUUACAAAGAUUAUUAAGCAGAGACAAAAACAGAGUAUAGAAAAUGAAGACAAAGUAAGAAACAGAGAAAAGCAGAGCAUAAACAAUAAGAUCUUGAAUCUUGAGAUCAAUAAAAAACGCUCUGUUAGCUAUGCCUUUUGUAACAAUUUCAAACGGUACCUGAUAUUAUGAAACGUACCAUAGGAAAAUUUAGCCAAUUAAAGCCAGUAAAAUAUUGAUAUACACAUAAUUAAGGAUUUAAUGGAGACUUUUUAGUUUCAACUAUGAGCUAUAUAGUCUAUAGAGGUGUAAUUAUGGACAUAAUUAGCUUGUUUAAGAUUCCAACAUGCACGUUACUCACAUCCUUUUAUCUCAAACGUUUACUUCUAAUAUCUCCAUAUACAUAUAUCUUUGCAUAUCUCUUAGAAGAAUCUCAUCACUUACUCUUAAAACAUCUCUUUUCUGUCUCUAUCUCUCCCACUCUUGUCUUGUCUCAAGAAGAAAAUGGUUAGUAGUAAGAAGAAAGUUGUGACUAAAAAAACCUCUCCUCCUCUCUCAAUUGCCAUAAAGAAGUCCCGUGGCAACAAAGAUGUUGUUCCUGUUGAAGCACCGAUUGUAUCUUCGUAUAAUGAUCAAAUCAGGCCGUUGCUUGACACUGUGGACAGGUUAAGGAACCUCAAUGUGAUGAGAGAAGGGAUCCAUCUUCCCACCAUUGUCGUGGUUGGAGACCAGUCGUCGGGAAAGUCAAGUGUUCUUGAAUCCUUGGCAGGAAUCAGUUUGCCUCGUGGGCAAGGAAUCUGCACUAGGGUUCCUCUUGUCAUGAGGCUUCAGCGAAGCUCUAGCCCUGAACCUGAGAUCUGGCUUGAGUAUAGCGACAAAGUGGUUCCUACGGACGAGGAACACAUCGCUGAAGCUAUUCGUGCUGCGACAGAUGUGAUUGCUGGAUCUGGUAAAGGGGUCUCAGACGCUCCCUUGACCCUCCAUGUGAAGAAGGCUGGUGUUCCAGAUCUUACAAUGGUCGAUCUUCCCGGUAUAACUCGAGUUCCGGUCAAUGGUCAACCGGAAAAUAUUUAUGAGCAGAUCUCUGGGAUGAUUAUGGAGUACAUUGAGCCUCAAGAAUCAAUAAUCCUCAACGUUCUUUCAGCUACGGUCGACUUCACAACCUGCGAAUCCAUUCGCAUGUCUAAAAAAGUGGACAAAACCGGUCAACGUACUCUGGCUGUUGUGACAAAGGCUGACAUGGCUCCUGAAGGUCUUUUGCAGAAAGUAACAGCAGAUGAUGUGAGUAUUGUACUUGGUUAUGUGUGCGUCAGAAACCGCAUUGGAGAAGAGACAUAUGAAGAAGCUAGAAUGCAAGAAGAGUUACUUUUCAAGACUCAUCCAGUGCUAAGCUUGAUUGAUGAAGACAUCGUGGGAAACCCUGUGUUAGCUCAGAAGCUAAUGCUUAUCCAAGCAAGCAUGAUUGCCAGAUGUUUGCCUAAUAUUGUACGCAAGAUCAACCAGAAAUUGGACACCGCUGUUCUUGAGUUAAACAAGCUACCAAUGGUAAUGGCUUCUACAGGGGAAGCAUUAAUGGCGUUGAUGAAUAUUAUUGGUUCUGCUAAAGAAUCUCUAUUGAGAAUUCUUGUCCAAGGAGACUUCUCUGAAUACCCGGAUGAUCAAAACAUGCAUUGUACUGCUCGUUUGGCUGAUAUGUUAAGUCAAUUCUCUGAUGAUCUGCAAGCAAAGCCAAAGGAUGUGACUGAGUUCUUGAUGGAUGAGAUCAAGAUUCUUGAUGAAUGCAAAUGUGUUGGACUGCCUAAUUUCAUCCCUAGAUCAGCCUUCUUUGCUAUUCUUUCACAACAUGUUGAUGAAAUACAUGACAAGCCAGUUGAAUUCAUCAACAAGAUAUGGGACUACAUUGAAGUUGUUCUCUCAUCAGUCAUUUCUAAGCAUUCUGACAAUUUCCCACAGAUUCAAUCUUCCAUCAAACGAGCCGGUCGCAAUCUAAUAUCCAAGAUCAAAGAACAAUCUGUGAAUCGAGUGAUGGAGAUAGUUGAGAUGGAGAAGCUGACGGAUUACACAUGUAGCCCUGAGUAUAUGACGUCUUGGACUCAGAAGACUGGUGAACAAGAGAGCUUCAUGUAUGAUGUUUUGAAAAAUGGGAACAAACCUGACUACUUCUCUAUGAGUGGAUUUGGGAAUGUGAAGAUCUCGCAUCUACGAAAGUAUCACGCUCAUUUACUGAUUCCGGCUUUCGACAUGAAGAUAAGAAUCACAUCCUACUGGAAUAUCGUCCUACGGAGAAUUGUAGAUAACCUUGCUCUGUAUCUUCAGCUAUCUGUGAAGUCUCUCGUAAACUGUCAAUUUCAGAAGGAGAUUGUGGCGGAGAUGGUGGAUCCAAGAGAUGGCGGAGGAGUUGAAAAGAUGUUGGAGGAAUCUCCGUUGGUGGCGAGCAAGAGAGAGAAGCUGAAGAAUAGUAUCAAGCUCUUGAAGGAGUCCAAGGAUGCUGUGGCCGCCAUUGUUGAUCAGAAUUGUUAAGCGAUUGCUUCUUUCACAAGCUUUGGUGAAAUUAGGUCGGGUUAGGAGAUCGUUGAUUGAUUUGCUUCGGUGAAGUUCAGGUCGGGUCUUUAGGGCUAUAUGAUGGGCUUUUGUGUAGUUGGGCCUUUUAUGUUUUUUGAACUUUUGGAUUUUCUCGUUUUUAAUCUUUUGUGUGGUAACGAUUAAGCUACGAAGUUUUUAAAAUCUGAUGUAACAUUAUGUCGUCUUUUUACCGUUUGGAAACAUAAAAUUUUGACUAGUUCUAGUGCAAAAUUAUCUCAAUAGAUUUGCGGAAAUAUUCACAAAAUGUCAAUUUAAAAAGGUAAUAGCAUGAUGUCACAAAAAA